AUGUCAUAAACUAUUUUUUUCCUAACAAUAUUUAUUUGUUGAUGUAAAUAUUUUGAAGAUCAAAGAAAAAAAAUAAUCAUUAUAACAAAUUACAUUCUGUGUUAAUUUGUUAAGUAUUCCUUUUUUAUUGAAUAUCAAAUUAUAUACAUACUAUUAAAUUCAACGUAUUUUUUAGAUUAAUAGCAAAUCUUAAUUAUCAUUUUAUUUUGAUAAAUUAUUAGCUGAUUAUGUCAUCUCAAAACAAUAAUUCAAACGUUAGAUCGAAAAUAUCAACCAUAAUGAUGAAUAUGAAUAUAGCUAUAGGAUCUCUGAAUAUUGGAUAUGUAUUAAGCUAUUUGACACUGUCAAUUGA